AAUUAUCACGUGAAUUUUACUGUCAAUAUUAUCCCUACGAACAGUUCAAAGAAUUUCUAUCCGUAGAUCCUGCGUUACGUAUAAUGUAUGAUAAUUAUGACGGCUUACGUUCGCAAAAUAUUACAACUACUGAACUAUGCAUUAACCGCC